GAACAUUUCGUUUACACUUUACAAUAUCCUUAUUCUUAUUUCUUCUAACCAAAAAUAUUUAGAUAACUUAAAUUUAUUUGAAAUCAUGGAACUAAAUGAGAGAAUUUUGCAUUAUUUAGAAAAAUGUGAUAAAGUAAACACUUUGAAACUUGCAGAUGAAUUUAACGAAGAUCAUCAGAAAAUUGUUGGUGCAGUAAAAAGUAUCGAGGCUUUAGAGAUGAUAAUUUCAGAAGCUGUAAAGUCUACGAAAUGGGGAUUAACGGAAGAAGGACAAAUGGUCGCUGACCACGGAAGCCACGAAGCUGUUUUAUACAGAAAUAUUCCUGAUGACGGCUCGCCACAAGCUGAAGUUAUGAAGAAAGUACCUAAUGCAAAAGUUGGAUUCAGCAAAGCUAUGUCAGCUGGUUGGAUUUACAUAGAUAAAUCAGGAGGUGCACCUUUAGUUAAGCGUAAAGUUGAAACUAUAUCAGAUACUGUUCAAGAAAAUUUGAUUGAAAUUAAAAAAGGUAUAGAUAAUUUAACUGAUAAUGUUAGGAAUGACUAUAAAAAACGAAAACUACUGCAAGAAAUAACAUUAAAAAGUUUUGAACUGACUAAAGGCCCACAAUUUGCCACAUCUAUAAAGAAAUUAGAAACAGAUUUAACAAGUGAGAUGCUGAUGACAGGUUCAUGGAAAGAAUUGCAAUUUAAGCCAUACAAUUUUGAUGCACUAGGUCAACCACCCUCGUGUGGUCACCUACAUCCCCUCCUCAAGGUGAGGUCUGAAUUCCGUGAAAUCUUUCUUGAAAUGGGUUUUACGGAGAUGCCAACUAACCAAUAUGUUGAGAGCUCUUUCUGGAACUUUGAUGCGCUCUUCCAACCACAGCAGCAUCCUGCUAGGGAUGCUCAUGAUACAUUCUUCAUAUCAUCACCUGCUAAUAGUACAGAUUUUCCUAUGGAUUACUUAGAAAAAGUUAAAAAAGUGCAUAGCAAAGGCGGCUAUGGAUCACAGGGUUAUAGAUAUGAUUGGAAAAUAGAGGAGGCUCAAAAGAAUUUGCUCCGCACUCACACAACAGCAGUCAGUGCACGUAUGCUGUACAAACUCGCUCAGCAGGAUAAUUUCAAACCACAGAAAUACUUCAGUAUAGAUAAGGUCUUCCGUAAUGAAACCCUUGAUGCUACCCAUCUGGCAGAAUUCCAUCAGGUCGAAGGUGUGGUAGCAGCAAGAGGACUUGGCUUGGCAGAUCUCAUUAGCGAAUUAGAUGCUUUCUUCUCGCGCCUCGGCUUCCACCAGCUACAGUUCAAACCAGCAUACAACCCAUAUACGGAACCUAGUAUGGAGAUUUUCGCAUAUCAUACUGGUCUUGGAAAAUGGAUUGAGAUUGGAAAUUCCGGAGUUUUCCGGCCAGAAAUGCUUCUGCCCAUGGGCCUGCCUGAGGAUGUUAACGUGAUUGCGUGGGGGCUGUCUUUAGAACGACCAACUAUGAUCAAAUACGGCCUUAAUAAUAUAAGGGACCUGGUUGGACCCAAAGUGGACCUUCAAAUGGUUCAAAACAAUCCGAUUUGUAGGCUUGAUAAGUGAAAAUAAAUAAUUUAUUUAUGUCUA